AAAAGCAUGGCGACCACAAAUAGCUCGCCUCUACUGGGCCUUCCAGAUGACCUCCUGCAGCGCGUCCUCGUGGGUAUUCCCCGCGACGACCACGGCGCCGCGGCCGCUGCUUGUGGCGCCUUUCGCGCGAUCAUACGUGGCCCGAGAUUUCUCCGCUUACGCCGGGAGUUUGGCUUCGCGGAACGCGCCGUCCUCCUCCUCUCAGGUCGUUUUAGAAUUAACCAGGACGAAAGUAUAGACGGAUGUUUGGAGAUCCACGCGGCGCAAAAAAGGGGGUUCGCGGAAUCCUUUUUUGAACACAAAGUGUCUAUAAUUGAGUCGACGACCGACGGCGCCGCCCGGAUAUUUUUCUGCACCAAUGUAAAAACUGGUAAUGAAAUCUUAGUUAUGGAUGCCUCUACAUGCCGAUGGAGUCGGUUCGCAACGCUCCCGCAAAAUCAAAAGGGGCAAUGCAUGCUUUGGCACGGCUCCGGGCUGCUUUACGUCGCCGGCGGGUACGUGGCCAACACCGGGGGCUAUCUUAGUUCUCUCCACGCGUUCAACGAAGUAACGGGAUUGUGGGAGACGUUGCCUUCUAUGCCACACGCCUGUAUGUGCGCGGUGUCGGCCGUCAUCGGCGACCAGCUCUUCGUUCUAGGAGGCUACGAGGCAGGCCCGGAGAUGGCCUCGACAAAUAUUUUGCAGAUUUAUGACAUCCCCACUAGGACCUGGCGAGUGGGGGCGUCGAAACCGGACGGUGAAGAAUUUGCUGCGGCGCUUGCUGUUGACGGGAAGUUAUUUUGUGUCGACGGGAGCUUUUCGGUGAGGUAUGACCCUCACUCCGAUACGUGGACCGAGAUCCCAGGCCCGCCAAGGCCGGGCGGGCGUCGUUGCUCCUGCGUCCACAAUGGCCGCAUCGUCGCCUUUUACCACGACGGCGCGGCGUUUGAGCGCGCCAACGACGGCUCGUGGUCUCCUUACCAGGCCGUCGCCGACGUCGAUGCACUCGACCACAGGAGUCUGGCAUGCUUCGGGUCCGUCCUCCUCGGCUAG